GCAGCGCACCAAUGGCGUGCGAGCUCGCACGCCAUUGGUCCGCUUGAGUUCAUAACGGUCGGCCUAAUAAAGGCAGAGCUGUAAAGAAAACGGAAUAUUUCUCUCUCACAUCUGUUGGAGUGCAUUUGUGGUACUUACCCCAAGUUCAACGUAAAACAUGUCUGGCCGCGGCAAAGGUGGAAAAGCCAAGGGAAAGGCAAAGUCUCGUUCGAACAGAGCUGGCCUGCAAUUCCCUGUUGGUCGUAUUCAUAGGCUUCUUCGUAAAGGAAAUUACGCCGAGCGCGUCGGUGCUGGGGCACCUGUAUACUUGGCGGCCGUUAUGGAAUACUUGGCGGCUGAAGUACUAGAAUUGGCGGGAAAUGCCGCUCGUGAUAACAAGAAGACGAGAAUUAUUCCACGGCAUCUUCAGCUCGCCAUCCGUAAUGAUGAAGAAUUGAAUAAAUUGCUUUCUGGUGUUACCAUCGCUCAAGGUGGUGUCUUACCGAAUAUCCAAGCAGUCCUGUUGCCUAAGAAGACUGAAAAGAAGGCUUAAUAAUAUACACGUCAUUAUAAAUGGUCCUUUUUAGGGCCACAAAAUAUUUCAUUACGAAGGAAUUCUUUUGUGUUCAUAAUUCAAUAGAAUGCGUCUAAUGUUUAAUAUUUUUUUCAUCUUACCAUGAAGCAAUCAGUAAAAGUACAUAAUUUAGAAGAAACUUUUUACCAUAAAUUUUGCUACACAUAUUGUGAGUGAAACAGCUAGAGAAAUUCUCUUUUUAUGUAAGAUGUGUUCGAAAAUUAUGUUCAAGCGGGCACGAGGUGAUCCAUUAUAAAAUGAUAUAAAAAGAAAUAUUUUUUCAUAUGACAAUUCGUUCACGAAGAAGUCAACUUUGAAAGCUUGUCAUAUGUAGUUGAACUUGGCUAACUAUCGAUCGGAUAUAGCUAAACAAUCAAUAAGAGGUUAUUCUACAUAUGAAAAUGAGUCACAAAUUACAAAAAAUUUUUUUGUCUAAGAACAUUUUCAAGAAACUGAAUGGCAUACUUUAUAAUACCCUUAACUUUUUUUUAUUUUUCUUUUUUUUUUUUUUUUUUUUGGUAGACUAUUUACAAUCAAUUCUCAUUGAGAAUCAUAAGUAAAUUCUUUUGACGUGGUACUGUAACUUCAGAGUUUAUAGUAUGUUUGAUUCUAGUUGAAUCUAAUGUACCCUUAAGGCUGAGGUCGCAAAUCAUACCAUUUUAUUUUUCUAAGACUCAUAGUACAAUUACAGGAAAUCAAACGACCUUUAACCCUUAGAGUGCUAUGGACGCUUAUAUGCGUCUGGCGAAAGCUAUCGCUGUGGGCUAAGGACACAUAUAUAUGUUUUCUGUAAGUGCCCGGCAUGCACUAAGGACGCACAUAUGCGUUUGCCAAUUUUUCUGAACACCUACGUAGAUGUAAUACUAUUACGUUUGUGUGAGAUAAAUAUAAAUGCAUUCCUUAUAUGUAAUGCAUAUAUUUUAUAUCAAAAAUCUACUGCUUCGAAACAAAAAUUUAGUGAAUUUCAUUUAUCGUUGAUAAGAGACAUUUUACGAAAAUAUUUCCAACGUAGAAGCAUGGUAGGAGGAGGAAAGAGAAAGUCUGAGGAUUUACCAUUUCGUCUAAUUGAUAGGCAUUUUCCAUCAAAAUGCCCUAAUCGUGUCGGCACAACACAAUUAUCAAGAAGAAAAUGUGUUGUUUGUGUGAAAAAUAAGAGAAGGAGCGACACGCGAUACGAAUGCAGAAAAUGCGAUGUCGGAUAAUUGUUUCGUAAUUGUUUGUAUCGAUAAUUGUUUUGAAAUUUUUCACACACAAUUGAAACUUGUGUUAUAUUUACUAAAUUUAGUUUUCUAGUUUAUUGUUUUCUAGUUUAUUACCCAAAUUCUAGUUUAUUGCAAAUUUCAAUGUUUAUAAUAAAUAAUUAAUACUAAAAAAUAACGCUCUUGAAUCAUUUAAUCUCGUGCAAAAGAAUUACUAUAACUUAUUACGAUUUGCGCUUUGAAUAGUCAAUCAACAGGGUUCAGUCUAGCGAAAAAAUAUUCCGUCCACAGCGAUCGUCAGGGCUGGUGUAACAUCAGUCUCAUCUCAACCAUGAGAUAGCGACCCCGAGCUUUGGACUCCUUUGGACACAUCACCACCUUAUCGUCAUAGCCUACACAGAAGGCUAUGACACACCUUAGUCCACAUCAUAGAUAAAGGCUUCGACUCCUGGCCUCCGACGCAUCAUCGGCUACACAGAAGCUAUGACACACCUUAGUCCACAUCAUAGAUAACACAUAGACCCCCGACCUUCGGACACUUCUCCACACCAUAACCUACACCUAGCUCCUCAACAUCCUAAAACCAAACGUAUAUAAACCGAGACUUCACCCAGCUCGGGCAGUUCUUGUUCCUCUUCUAGUUGCUGUACUCAUACAACCCCUAUUCUCCGGUUCGGUGUUAUU